GCGCCGCGUAGCCCGCACGCGAUAUGCGCGCCCUCUAACGUAUUAUGUUCCUCCCCGAACUGCCGCGAGCCUGCAUGGUGGACGACGUAGCAACUUACCUACAAGCUCCCUCCUCGGGACAGGACGAGUUCCAUCCGUUCAUAGAGGCCCUGAUGCCCUUUGUAAAGUCCUUUUCGUACACGUGGUUCAAUUUACAAGCGGCCAAACGGAAAUAUUAUAAAAAACACGAGAAGCGCAUGAGUCUCGAGGAGGAGCGGCAUACCAAAUAUGAAUUACAGAAUGAAAAAGCUGAAGUUAAACAGAAAUGGGCAUCACGUUUAUUGGGCAAACUACGCAAGGACAUCACUCAGGACUGCCGGGAGGACUUCGUGCUCAGCAUCACGGGCAAGAGGCCAGCCGUAUGCGUUCUGUCCAAUCCCGACCAAAAGGGCAAGAUGCGGAGGAUAGAUUGCCUUAGACAGGCUGAUAAGGUGUGGCGUCUAGAUCUAGUAAUGGUGAUAUUAUUCAAAGCGAUACCAUUAGAAAGCACAGACGGAGAAAGACUAGAGAAGCACCCGGAAUGCACCCAGCCGGGGCUGUGCGUGAACCCGUACCACAUCAACGUAUCCGUGAGGGAACUGGACUUAUAUCUCGCCAACUUUAUCAACAGCUAUGGUAAUGGGAGCGACGGUCUACCAGAUAUCCUAAGUGGCUCCCUCUCGCCUCACACCCCUAGAGACAAAGAGAACGAACACGAGGCUAAGAGUAAAGGCUAUAGCCACAAUCCGUACAACGGUGUAAUUUGCAACGAUAUUAUUCUAGCAACUGGUGUCUUCUCUUCGAAGGAACUAUGGAAGUUGUCUAAAGCGUCAAUACUCCAGGAGACAGGGUCCGAGUCCCCGAGCGGGUCUGGUGGCGGCAUCAAGCUGGAGUCCAGUUACUACUGCGGGUACAACAGCCCCGCGCCGCCCCCGUUCGACCCCCCCGCGGAGCGCGCCACCCCGUCCGCGAUGCUCGUUGGACAGUGUUUCAGCAUCCCUCAUAGUUCAGCAGGCCUGAGCUCUGCGCAGGCGCCGCUAGUACCAUCCAAUACCAUAUUCUACCAACACCCACCACCCGCGGACACUCAUCCCACUGCAUCAGAAGCCUUAACAAGCCAACACUCGGGCGGCAAGUAUGACGGCGCACCUCAAGACUCUCUAGGGGACUUUGUCACAUUCGUUUGUCAGGAGCCAACGGAUGUACAGCAGUUGCAGGUUCACAGUUUGUCCAGGAGUCCAAAACCAGCGUAUUUCAGCAGCGCGAUGUUACCACCACCUCCUUUGCCGCCGAUGGCCAGACCAGUCGCCAUCAUCAGGUCGACAGCGAGCGAGCUGGUGAGCGGUGGUAGCGGCGGCGGCGGGUGCGGGUCACCGGCAUCUCCCGAGGGCCGAUCGCCUCCAGCAUCCCCACGUCGCCGCUCCCCUCAUUAUCGGGAAUGCCACCCCCACCCUCCUAUUUCGCACUUCAACCACUUCCAUGCGCAGCCCCAGCAGGUGUUCAGCUACGGGACGCUGGGCGGAGUGGGCCUGAGCGGGUCAGGGGCGGGCGGCGCGGGGGGCGGCGCGGUGCUCCCCUCCGCCGGCGGCCUGUCCCCGCCCGGCGGGCUCGGGCUCUACGCGCCGCGGGCUGCUGCUAGGGCGCCGCCCAGUGUUUGGUCUUCCAGAUGGAGUGCCCCAUUCCCGACGCUGGAGGAUGAGUUCAAUAUUAUGGCAACACCUGCGGGACCUGACAACGUUGUACUGUUGGACGAUGAUCGUUUCUUCCAAUCAAGCGUGAUAACAUCAGAGGCAACAGCGAUGGACACGGGGGCGUCCGUCGGACCCAGUGUCGGCGUCGACACCGACGACAUCGCCCCCGACAAGCCAGCGCCGGACCUGCACUCGCCGUGAUCCGAGCCCCUGCCGCCCCCGGUGCCCCCCGCGCCCUCGGAGCCCCCGCUGCCCCAGGCCACAGUGCUGCGCUGGACGCCGGCCCCGCCGCCUCACUGGCGGCCAGUGACACACCGCACUCUAUGAGUUUAAAAAUAUAUGUUUUCAAAUUUAGAAUCUUUAAUUCUUUUUUUAAUAACUCGCUAGGUUUUAUAAACUCGAUCAAUAAGGCUCACUUCGCAUUUCUUCAAAUUAUUAUCUCAUAUUGUUACAAUUAACUGGCAGGCAAGAAUGUAAACAGAGGCGAUGUAAUUUAAACCUUAAUUACAGACUAUAAAGCACAAGUUUAUUGUGUCAUAAUAAAACAUACUAAUUUAAAAAAAGAACACGCUCUGUAAGGGGCAUUAUUCGCUCUUUUAGAAUUCUGAACUAAACAAAAGAAGAAAAAAAAAAAUUCUGAACUAAAAAUGUGAAAGGAAAUCUUUAUGUUAACAAAGGAGGUGUAGCAUUAUUGAUCGUAGUUUUUAAAGGAAUUAGAUAUUUGUUUGAAAACUCUUAAGUGCGUAAUGUAAAUAGUUAGACACAACAAUUUAUAUAAUUUUAUAAUACUACUAUAUCUAGACAAUUGGCUAUUUGUGUUCAUUAAAAUAAUUAUUUAAUGGGGCGGUGUUAAGAUGUGGGGUCAGUGUACAUAAUUACGGGAUUGAAACAACGGCAGUUAUGACAUAUAGAUUUUACAAUUCGACGCCAUAUUGAUUAUCUAUGUUUGUCAGUUGAUUCCGUACGAUGUGACUUUGUUACGGCGAUAUAGUUUAUGCAUACCUAUUAUAGGCAAAUAUAUUUAAUCAAUAUCGUUUUAAUUUAAUUCCUGUUAAGGCGAUAAAAAUACAAUACUCCAACGAUAAUGUUAUAUAAAAAUAUAAAGCUACGAAAAUAAAAACAACAUAUUAUAUUCUAAUAUUUUUAUAGAAUAUAAAACAAGUAUGAUAUGAUCAAGCCUUCCAGUAAUUUAGUGAAAUAAAGUGUUAAUGAAAGUACAGCUUAUAAAAAUAUUGUUUGCUAAGCUGUGAAACAGUUAGAAAAUGCGGUUUAUGGAAAUUUAUGCUUCCAAUACUAGCGUCAAAACAUGUUUUUAUUGACGAAAGUGUGAUAUUAUAAGUUGUUUUUGUUUCAUUGUUGUGUGUUUUGUAUUGAAAAGUAAAUAGAUUAAGUACUAGUUUAUAUAUUUUUUUUAAUUUAUUAAACGAAUAUUUAAGAAAGACGAGCCUUGCUUAAUAUAAUAAAAUAAUAGUUUAGUUGUGUAAAUUAGUAGCCAUGAGAUUAGCAAUUUUAUUGUUGUCUUUCGAUGGGAAAAUCUGUAAUUGCCAUAGAUGUUUUCAUUUUAUAUAUUAUAAUAUAUCACCUAAAGUAAUGAUUACAUUAUUAAGCCAUAUGAUGUUAAUAGUAAAACCGCGGAGGAUGCUUAUAUUUACAGACUUUUAUAUUGUUUUUCUAUAUUUGAAGGCUCAAAGUUAUUUUUGUUGAAAGAUUUGUUCAUAUUGAAUAGCCUACGGUUAAGAAUAGUAAAGUGCCAUAUAAAAAUAUGUACGUACUAAUACAAAAAGUACAAGAAGUACAAAAAAGCUAGGAAUAUUGGAGUAGUACGAAUAAAAUCAUUGAUCUCAAAAAAUAAAAGUAAAUUUUGAGCUUUGAAUUUGCAUCGUCAAUACAGUACCGAAUCGGAAAACAACAAUAAUAUGAUUAAGUAGUUCGACAGUUGUCGAGGGACAUUUUAUAGGUGCCUUUCAUAAAAAAAAUCGUAAAAUAAUUUAACUAAUAGGGUCUGUACAUUGUAGUCUUUUAAUAAAUCCAUCCGCUCAUACCUGUAACAUGAAAUUCAUUAACCUAUUUAUCUUAGGCUGGCUAUUUUCUGUGACCAAUGAUAAUACGGAGAAUAAUUUCAUCAAACAUAAAUCAUUAGUGACAGAAUAAUAGCAACACGAAUAAUCCUUAUAAUCUUCGAAAACCCUAGUACAUGUAGUAAUUUUUAUUUGUCACUCUAAUAAUUUUGUUCAUAAUACCGUGGCCAUACGAGGAAAGCUAGUCAUUAGAGUAACAAUGUAUGUAAAUUUAAUAUAAACUUUAAAAUAAAACGAAUAUUUACAAUUAUAGUACCCCUUACAAUUAUUAGUAAGGGGUCAAACCUAAAAUUGUGGCCAAAUUACACUUAAUGAAAUCCAAAUAUAUAUACACGGUUUUAAAUAGAUAAUAUAGAUUUAUGUAAGUAUGGUACAUUUAAGUUGUCAGUUGUAGGAAUUUUGUGGUAACACUCGGGUGGGAGACUCGGGAGCAUGUGAGCAGAAUGUUUUUCAUUGCGAUCACAGAGCUCUAUCCACCACUACCGUUACCACUUUUGUAGUGGUUACAAGAAUGUUCGUCAAUCCUAAGACAAGUUAUAUAUAAUUAUAUUCUGGUAAUAUGUUUAAUUUUUUACAACUAUCAUUUAUUAUUAUUUUCACUGUUACUCUCAUGAAAUCUUUUGAUAUCUAAUAAAAAAAAAUUACAUGCUAUGUUUGUCAUAUUGAGAUGUUUAUGGUUAUUUAUUACUUAAGAAAUUUCUUUUCGAAAACAUUGAAUUUUGAGCCUUAUAGUUUUGUUUUCUAAGGUUAGGAACAUAGUAUGGUAGGAAUCGUAGCAAUAAAUGACAAGCAAUAAAAUAAAAGUAAUUAUUACAGAAACAGCUUUAGUGAAGCUAGAAUUUGGUACUGAGGUAGUAUGAUCCUAUAUUCGUAACAGUUAACUUGCAAAAUAUUUUUUCUAUAGAAAAAUAUGCUGGGCAGACUGGGUUCUAAGUAUAAAAUUCGAUAUAAAGUUUAGGGAGGCAGAUUGGUACAAUUAAUAUAUAGCUAUUUCACUGAAAAAUAAACUAUAUUAGAUUAUAUUACAGCUAUGAUAGUUCAACUAGGCCGAAAAGCGGGAAUUAGUCAAUUGCUAGCUAUAGACAUUAGACAAUAUAAAAACAGUUAGAUGAAAUAAUAGUGGUGUCAUAAGGCUUGUUGAUAAUAUUGAAUUCAGGCUACAUACCUAUGUAAUAUUGUAAAAUCCGAAAGAGAUAACCUUAAAAUGUUAAGGCAAUAAAAUAUUGGAGACGAAUUUAAAAGCUCAUUGGUGCCGAAAAUUCUAGACUGUGAUUCAAUUGUUCAUUCUGAACGUGUCUUAUAUUGAAAUAGUUGUUUUUGUAUGAUUGGCAAUUGCACUGCUAGUGCUGACGGAAACGAAAUAGUAAGUACAUGCGUGUUAUAAUAAAGUAACUAUGAUAAACAGAAUCAUGUUGUAUGUAAUGCAUUUGUUAUAAUUGUAAACAAAAAAAAAAUGUUAUCUACUAAAUAAAAGUCAAAUAGAUUUUACAAUAUUUUAAUUUUAACGGCAGCAUUUGUAGAUUUGAUAGAAUUUAGUAGCUCUGCAAUGUCUCUGUGCAUGACAACUACUGAACUUGCUGCUUAUAUUAAGAUCUGUACAGUGUACGUUGACCAUUUCAUUAACAACGAAAGGAACGAAGUAUUUGUCAUAGCAUGUUGGUUUAAUUUGUUUAUUAGCACCACUGUUACGAUAUGGAGUAAUUGAAAGCCUAAACAUUAUGUGCCUUAGAUACAACAAUAUUGUAUGAUAUUUAUGAUGCGUUCUAUACAACGUGCUAAUUAGAAAUAAAGAUAAACGUUAUUUUGAAUGCCUCGACUUUGAAAUGUUUUCAUUGUUAGAAUUAAUUUCCGCGAAGGCUUGUGGGUCUUUAUAGGUUUUGUAACCCAAUAUUAUAUUGUAAUGUAAUCACUUAAAUUUCCGUUUGAAACCUAUGUAAAUAAAUGAAAAUUUUGGUAGCAAUCCAUUCUAAGACAAUGUAAGUUUAUUUAUUUCUACUUUUUCUUAUUAAUAAUAUCUAUAGCUUUUGUCAAAAUUAUAAAACUGGGCACCUAGCAGUCUGGAAGAUAAUUUCGAAUCCAGAAUAUAAAAUUAUAACCCUGAUCUGUACUAAUUAUUAUACAAUUAAGUAACGCUUCAAAGCGUAGUUUUGCUGAAAAAAUAUUGAUACCUACUUCUAAUAUAUAAUUUUAGUAUUAUCUACACUAUACCCAUUUAAGUACAUAUUCUAUAUUUUACUGGCAUGUAUAUCUAAAUCGCCAUGAUUGAAUUAGGUCUGUAUGCCUUUUGUUUGAAACGAAUCUAAGUAGUACACUCAUUCACGCAUGGCUUCUUACUAUAUAUUAUUAAUAAUUAUGAAUCCUUAAUGCAAAGUAUUUACAUUUAGCCCACUUGAUUGAACCUAAUAUUAUAUAUUAAUACAAUAAUAACCUAGUUAUUCACUUUAUUUCUUAACUUAUAAAUUAAUAACAAUUAAUAAAGGAACACAAAUCCGUCUUAUUAAUUUUGUGGAUUUCCGAAAUUGAAAUAACAUAACAUACGUAAAUAGAGAAUAAUUAUAAGAGUAAUUAAUUAACCAAUAGAAAAAUACUCCUAGUUACGAAUUUCUUAGUUCAUCGUAUGUGCAAUUAUAAAUAUUUAAAUGUUUUUAGCGAAUUUAUUAUUUUAGCGUAUUCGUGUCCAUUGUAAUGUCUGUAAAUAUGUACCGGAGUUUAUUUAUAUGAUUUUAAUUUGUAUAAUUUAACAGUAGAAUGAGGAUUACGUGUUAUGUUUGUCAUAUUUCAUGUAUUUACAGUGCUUUCAUACGUUUCAUUUACUUUUUUAAUUUACGUUCAAAGCCAUAUUGUAUAGGAUCAAAUGAGCUUUUCUUUGACGAGGAGAUACAUAAUACAAACAACUACAUUGCAAUAAUCGACCAAGAACAGAUUAUUUGAUCAAUACAAAGUAAACUAAAGAUAGACUUGUAAAAAUGUUAUAACAUGUAUUUUUAACCUAUACAUAGUAAGAUAUUUAUAGAAUUUUAGUCGUUUAAUUAUUUCGAACGACUUGUUAUAAAGAAAAUUGGUGCUUAAAGCUUAAACAAAUAUGAAACGGCACAAUAAAGUGCCGAGUGUGUAUUGUCAUGGAGGGGUCAGAGCAUAAUGACAUAGCAUGCGUUGUUAUGCUUGCAUCCACGUAGAAUUGUUUAUAAUUAUCUAUAUAUUUUUUUAAUUAAAUUUAGAAAUUCGGUCGCUGGCACAAAGUUAUUGCACAUAACCCAGUACAACUGUAAGACCUAAAAUAUACAAUUAUUGUCUAUGGUUACACAGAUUGGUAUAAAUUAAAUAUUAUGUUUUUUUUAUCAAAUAAACAAAGCAUAAACAAUUCUCCGUGAUAAUGUAAGCAGUUAUAAUAAUGUAGGUAAACUUUGCUCAAUAUCGAUGAAAACUGAAAGUGUUACAGUUGAUGCAAUACAAACAAA